AUGCUGGUUUUACAAAGUCUCAGAAGGCCGUCUGUCCUUCGCAGAGAUCCCAGACAUGACCUGCCCGGCACCCUCGACGAAGCAGCCGAGAAAGCCGACGCGAUCAUCCACAUCGCCACACCCUUGACGUACGAAGAUCUCAUGGAAACGACCAUCAAACCCGGUUGGGCCAUUGUACGCAAUGUCCUGGGCGCAGCCGACAAAUCCGGCCAGGUGACCCGGGUGGUCAUGACAGGGAGUUUGGUCUCGACCAUGCGAGUAGACGGCUUGUUCUCUGGAAAGACCAUAUCCGAAGAUAGCUGGAACCCCAUCCGUCUUGAAGCAGCGGAGACGAGCCCCCUCAACGCGUACUGCUACUCGAAGGUCUCAGCAGAGAAGAAGGCCAAGGGGUUCAUGAAGGAGAAGCCCGGCAAUUUUGACCAGAUCGUUUUGCUGGCGCCGUCCAUUACGGCAAAGAGUCUGCAGACCGGCUUCAAACCUGACAAGGGGAACCCCGGUGGUCAGCCGGGCCUUCACAGAGGUUUGUUUGAUUUUGACAGGCCUGGAACCUUGUAUCCAUACGUCAUGGACGUCGAGGUUGUCUCCCGUGUGCAUGUCCAGGCUCUUUCACCCGGCAUCCCGGGCAACGAACGAUACAUUUUCCACUCUCCCGGGUUGAUGGUAGGUAGCGACAUUGCGCGCGCGGUCCGGGAGGAUUUCCCUCGGCUGAGGAAUCGGGUUCCUGCUGCUGAAGAGGGCGCAACAGAUAGCAUACUGUCACCCGACCUGUUAAAGACGGACAUGUCAAAAUCUGAGAAGGCGUUCGGCAGGCAGCGAUGGAAGUAG